AUGCCUUUUUCUUCAUCAUAUUAGAAGGUUUUUUUUUUUUUUUUCUUUCCUGGCCAUCGUCAUAUUAAUAGUUUAAUCUCAUUUUUUCUAAUUACUUCCAUGGAGAACCAUUCUUUACCUUUCCUUCACCCAUCCCUACCAAACCAUGAGAUUCAGACUAAUUCUCAUGGUGAUGAAGGAAAGAGAAAGAAAUUGGAAGCUGAAUAUCAAUGUUUGGGUGCAAAAAAUAUUUCUGAGGACCGUGAUGGGAAGGUGAAAUCUACAGGAAAGAAAUUAGAAGAGCAUAAUGAGAGCAGAAAGCAGAAAUUUGCAUUUCAGACAAGGAGCAGGGUUGAUAUCCUUGAUGAUGGGUAUAGAUGGAGGAAGUACGGCCAGAAAACAGUGAAAGAUAGCACUUUCCCCAGAAGUUAUUACAGGUGUACGCACAAAGGAUGCAAUGUUAAGAAGCAAAUCCAACGCAAUUCCAAGGACGAAGAAGUUGUGGUGACGACCUACGAAGGCACCCACACACACCCAGCCGAGGAGUUUGCAGCUCAUCAAAAUUUCGAAAUAAUCCUUAGACAAAUGCAACCUUAACAAAACAAGAACAAUAAUGACUUCCUAAAUUUUGCAGAGACUGCAAAGACGAUAUUUUUUUUUUUUGCAGAAGAACGAAAAGGUGAAUGAAUCUGCUCGUCUAAUUUAACACUUUUAGUUCUUUUCUCUAGUGCAGAACCUAUUCUGUUCGAAGCAUAAACAAAAUUGCGUUCA